AUGCCAGCCGUGGUUAUUGAACGAGCAAGUUUACCAACAGAAAUGCGUGAUGCAUUGAAAAGACAUAUUUUACGUGAACGACAACGUAAGAAAGAAGAAGCAGAUGCUAAUGAAGCCGAUAAACAAAGACGACGUGAAGAGAAGGCAAAAGCAUUAUCAUCAUCGAAAGUACAAUUAGAAGAUAAUGCAAAAGAUAUUCUUCAAUUAGAACGAACAAUAGCUGAUUUACAACAACAAAAAUCUGAACAGUAUAAUUUGUUAAAACGUGCAUUAACUGAAGAAGAUCGUCGAAAACAUUCGCAACAAACAUUAACAAAAGAACCAUCAUGGACAAGUCUUUAUUCACCAAAUCUUCAAAUGGCACAAUAUGCUCAUCAUCCUCAACAUUAUUUAUCUACGCAACCAUCACAUCGUUUAUUAGCUUAUAAACCACCACCACAACCUCCUCAAGCGCAAUCAUUCAUUCCAACAACAAGCGCAACAAAUGCUUCAUCAAAACGACCACGUAGUCCAUCAUCAUCACAUAUUUAUUCAUCACCAUCAGGAAAAUCAUCGCGAUCAUCACAUGUUUCACAAAUGCAUUCAAAGCCACCAAGUCCUAAUUCAAUAUAUCCACCAUCAUCAUCCCAAGUGUCUCGUAAUGCAACACAAGGAUCUGCUGUUGGUUAUCCUUCUCCUCAAAGUCAAUCAGCAUUUUCUGCUUAUCUUAAUUAUAUGACACCAUCUGCUGCGGCUGCAGCUGCAGCAUCGGCUUCAUAUGCUAAUCAAAUGCCACGUGUUCGAGGUCCAGCACAAAUGUCAAAUUAUAUAAAUCAAUUAUCAUUUUUACCACAAGCAAUGGUCGAUCCUAAACAACAACAACAAGCCAAUGUUUAUUCACAUCAUCAAAUGUUAAUGUCAUCAAAAAAUGGAUCGAUUAUGAAUGGUUAUCCACUACAACCACAACAGUAG